AGACAAAUUACGAUUGGUCGUUGGACAUUUCCGGUGUCAUAGUUUAAAAAGUGUUCGAUGGUCGACCGUUGCAGUUAAAAUAAGGCUCCUGCAAUGUUGCUAAAACUGAAGUUUUAGCAAUAACUGACGAUUUAUUUCGAGAGGUUGCGCAAAAUAUCGGCCUUUGUUUUGGGAAGAUUUCAAAGAUGGCGCAGCGCCCGACCGUGUCGGAUCGGGGGACCAAGAAGACCUCCAGGGUUCGUGUAGCGGUCCGUCUGCGACCUUACGUGAGCAGACAAGAUGAAAAGGGCGAGGGCCCGUGUGUACGAGGCCUGGACUCUCAGAACCUGGAGAUAAUUAAUUGGAGGAAUGCAACGGAGACCGUGAAAUACCAUUUUGAUGUUUUCCAUGGAGAGCAGACAACCCAGCAAGAGGUUUUCCUUUCCUCAGUGAAGCCCAUCCUGCCACACAUUUUAAACGGACAGAAUGCCAGUGUGUUUGCUUAUGGGCCAACAGGGGCUGGCAAGACCCACACCAUGUUGGGAACUGCGGAGCAGCCUGGUGUUAUCCCCCGAGCGGUACGUGAGGUUUUUAAUCUGGUCAGUGCCAAAGAUGAAAAUGAAGGGUGGGACUACAUCAUUGGCAUGUCAUAUCUGGAAAUUUACAAUGAAAAGGUUCUUGACCUUCUAUCACCAAGCUCCCAGGAUUUGCCGAUCAGAGAGGACAAGGACAAGAACAUUCUCAUUCCUGGCCUCACCCACACAACCCUCUCCUCGUUCUCAGAUUUUGACAAGCAGUUUGUCCCUGCAACCCUGAACCGCACCACAGCUUCUACCAAGUUAAACCAGCGAUCCAGUCGCAGUCACGCUAUUCUGCUCAUCAAGGUCGUUCGGACUCAGCGGGCCAUAACCAACCGACAGCAGACGGGGAAACUUUACUUAGUAGACCUAGCUGGGUGUGAGGACAAUCGUCGCACCGGUAACCAGGGUAUACGUCUGAAGGAGAGCGGCGCCAUCAACCUGUCUCUCUUCGCGCUCAGCAAAGUGGUGGAUGCCCUCAACUCUGGCACCGCCGUCCGUGUUCCUUACAGAGACAGCAAGCUGACACGCCUGCUGCAGGACUCUCUGGGUGGCUCGGCCCACUCCGUCAUGAUCACAAACAUUGCACCAGAAAAUAAAUAUUAUUUUGACACCUUUGGCGCACUGAACUUUGCAGCCAAAUCUAAGCUCAUAGUGAACAAGCCCUUCACAAGAGAAACUGUGGCUGUGCCUGUGCUGCCAGUGAAGCGGUCCAGAGAGGAGCACGAAGCAGGAGGUUGUGUCACUGAGCCACACAAGAAGAAGCAAAAAGAUGAAAAGAAAUGUGAACAGGAUGGCUCCUCGCCCUCAGCACAUAACCACAGCUUGUCAGAACCGUCUGUGAUGGACCGACUGAUAGCUUUGGAGAAGCUCAUGAUGGUCUGCCAGGACAAAAACGGGCAAACUGUACGCGAUGAGAUCCAGGAGCUUAAAGAGAAGCAGAGGGAGUUUGAAAGAAAGUCCGUGCUGCUCAGUCAGCUGGCAAAGGAAAAAGAGGGGCCUGUGUUCAAGAACAAUUUAGCUCCCCUGCAGAGGAAACCGUCAAAUGUUACUAAACCCAAUAAGCAGCAGGCUGUGGUCCAACCCUUACAAGUGGUCAAGUUCCAGCCGAUUCAGCAGCUUGCAGUUGUCAAGAAGCAGUCUGUCUGCGUCACGAAGAAAGAGAAGAAGCUUUCAGACCUGGUUGAGCCCCCAGAUGGUAAAGAGAACGCAAAGGAGACAUCCUGGGAGUCCCAGCUUGACACAUCUGUGCUAGAUGGGUCCAAACAGAAAAUCCUGCAUGUUCUGAAUACUGGCUGCCUCAAAGAGCUGAAAGGGCUGCAGCAGAUCGGUGACAAAAAGGCCAAACUCAUUCUGGGCUGGAGGGAGAUCCAUGGACAUUUCACAAAGUUGGAAGAUCUGAUAAACGUAGAGGGGAUGACUCAGAAGAGAUUUUCUUCCUUCAUGAAGGCAAACAUCCUGAGUGCCAUGGGAAAAUGAUUUAUUGGCUUUUCCCUCAACAUGUAUCAGCUCAUCUUUAAUGUACAUAAUUUGUGACAAACUCAUAAUUUUUGCCUUUAUUUUAUUUUUUUGCUUUUUUUUCCCCCCAUUUAUAAUAUUUUUGUAGUAACAGCUUUUUUCCUGCUGGUGGCACUCAAGUAUAUUUUUAAUAAACCUCACCUGAACAAG